UGGGAGGGUUCCUAAAAAAAAGUUUAUGGGGCAGCAGCUGUCGGAGGAGGAGCUGAGCCGGAUCGAGGACGCCUGUGACAUGGCCCUGGCCCUGAGCGGGGCCAAGCUCCGCAUCUACGAGUACGUGGAGUCCCGGAUGUCCUUCAUCGCCCCCAACCUCUCCCUCAUCCUCGGGGCCUCCACGGCCGCCAAGAUCAUGGGUGAGACCCCCCAGAACCUGCCCUGGGACCCCCAAAAUCCACCCCCCAAAACCCUCCCUGGGACCCCCAAAAACAACCCCCAAACCCUGCCCCUCAGGGACCCCAAAAACCACCCCAAAACCCACCCACCGAGUCCUUCAUCACCUCCAACCUCUCCCUCGUCCUCGGGGCCUCCACGAUCAUGGGCGAGACCCCCAAAACCCGCCCUGGGAUCCCCAAAAACCACCCCCCCCCCGAAACCUGCCCCUUAAGAACCCUAAAACCCCCCAGAAUUACCCCCAAACCCUCUCCUUUUCCUCUCCCUGAACUCCUGCUACCCCCACUCUUUUUGGUUUUUUGGGGUUUCUCUGUCCUUUUCCCUCUG